CCGUCGCUAUUUUGCCGAGUAGUCCCGUGAUCGAUUAGAUCGCCGGAUUGCUUGAAACCGAACCCUACUUGUUCAACGCGUGUUGAUUCAAUCCAUCAUCUUUAAUUCACAAAUUUAGUUGCUUGUUCAUGUUGUUCUUGCUAGUUCUUGAUUGCUUGCAGGAACAAAUACCCUCGUGGUUGGGCUGAUCGUGCAUUCGUCAAGAUUCACGGCCGCCUCUGGAGUUGGUGUAAUGAUUACUAAGGCACAACAUCCCUGGAUAGUUGUAGUCGGAUCGCACAAUGUCGCUCCAUCUAAUCGAACUAUCAUUCUCACCGAAAGAUCGGGACACCCGUGCGCAUCAAGUGGUAUCAGAGCCAAGUUGAUCGGUGCUCCCACAUUAGCAAGUGUUUUGGUUUAUCCCAAUAAUUUCACCACAAGUGAGGAAGGUUUCUUUGCCAAUCUAUCAACUCAGCUGGUGUCUCAGGAGCUUCUUCAACGAAGUUUUUUAAGACAUUACUGUGAAGGAAUAAAUAACACGGGCAAAAUGAACCUCUGGUAGCCAGAGAUCAGCAGCAAUUGCGGUAAGUUCUCAUGAACACAUCAGUCGGUUCUAUAUUGUAGUGAAUUUCUCAUUAUAAAAAAUGGGAAACAUCUCUCUCCUUGUACCUGCACAGGAAAAUGAAUGAUAUACCAUAUCAGAACUUGGUAGAUUACAUGUAGAAUAAUCGUAAAAUGUUCUGGCAUACCCUGCUUAUGUACUACUGUUCACAUACUAAUUUUUGUCAGAACAUGCAUUUUUCAGUUAUUAACUUGGGUACAAGUUCCUCAUAUUCUUGUCCUGAGUUUUUUGCCUAGAGAUAUUAGUGUCAACCAAUCUGCCUUAGCUUUUAAAGUAUAAAUACAAAGGCUCUGCAUACGGUGUUUUAAAGUAUAAAUUCUGAACAGGUGAACUAAAAAGAUGUAC